AUGAAGUCGUCGAUUGCUCUCGCGCUCAGCGCGGUCGCUGGCUCCGCCCUCGCGGACGAUGUCCUCUUCAGCAAGCGCCACCAAGGCAUGAAGCGCCAGGUGAACGACCAAGGCCAAUGGAACGUCUCCUUCUUCCACGUCAACGACGUCCACGCCCACCUGGACGAGUUCUCCUCGUCCGGCACCGACUGCACCGAGCCUGAGGAGGGCUGCUAUGGCGGCUACGCGCGCAUCAAGACCAAGGUCACCGAGCUCAAGGAGGAGCACCCCGAGAAUCUGUGGCUCAACGCGGGCGACGAGUUCCAGGGCACCCUCUUCUACUCCUUCUACGGGCCCGAGAAGAUUGCCGAGACGGUCAACGACCUGGGCUUUGACCUCAUGACCCUGGGCAACCACGAGUGGGACGGCGGCGACGACGAGCUGGGCCAGUUCCUCGAGAACAUCACCUUCCCCGCCGUCUCCUGCAACGUCAAGAGUGAGAACGAGCUGCUCAAGAAGUACAUCAAACCCUACCACAUCUUCGAGGACAAGAACCUGGCCGUCAUUGGCGCCACCACCGAGGACACGCCCGACAUUGCCAACGUGGGCGACGAGACGGAGUUUGUCGACCCCAUCAAGGAAGUCCAAAAGUACGUCGACGAGAUCCGCGACGAGUACCCCGACGUCAAGUACAUUGUCGCCCUCACCCACCUCGGCUACGAGGUCGACCAGGAGCUCGCCAAGGACACGGAGGGCCUGUCGCUCAUCAUCGGCGGCCACUCGCACACCCUCCUCGGCGACAUGGAGGACGCCGAGGGCGACUACCCGACCAUUGUCGAGAACAAGAACGGCGACGAGGUCUUCAUCGUCACCUCGUACCGCUGGGGCGAGUACCUGGGCGAGAUCAACGUGCUUUACGACGAGGACGGCCACAUUAUGGAGUACCGCGGCGCGCCCAUCCACCUGACCAACACCACCGAGCAGGAGUCGGAGCUCCAGGACCAGGUCGACACCUGGCGCGGCCCCUUUGAAGAGUUCGCCGCCGAGGUCCUGGGCGAGACCAACAACGAGCUCGUCCAGGAGACCUGCCAGGACGGCGACUGCCUGCUGGGCCAGGUCAUGGCCGACGCCAUGCUCGAGUACCGCCAGAACCAGACGGACAGCGAGCCCCCUCACUUUGCCCUCAUCAACGCCGGCGGCAUCCGCGCCGCCAUUGACGAGGGUGACAUUACCCGCGGCGAGGUCCUCACGUCUUUCCCCUUUGGCAACACCAUUGUCGAGCUGACCUACACGGGCGAGGAGGUGCGCAACAUCCUCGAGGGUCUCGUCUCGGGCGAGAACCCGGAGACGGGCGACGAGGUCACCUCGUGGUUCCAGGUCUCCAAGGGCAUCAAGAUCGCGUACAACCCGGACAAUGACGUCGGGUCGCGCCUCGUCAGCGUCGAGGUGGAUGGUGAGACGCUCGAUGACGGGGAGGAGUACCGCGUCGUCACGCUUAAUUUCCUCGCGAGCGGCGGCGACUCCAUCUUCCCGCCCGAGCCGGAGUUUGCCACGCUCGAUACGCAGGAUGAGGUCCUCGUGCAGUACAUUGAGGCCCACACGCCUCUGGACAAUGAGCUCGAGGAGCGUGUCGUCGAGACGGACGGCCAGGCGGAGGAGGACAGUGAGGAUGGCUCUGAUGAGGAAGAGGGCGACGAUGGCAAUGAGGACGGUAGCACUGAGGACGAUAGCGACCAGGAGGAGGAAGGCGAGGACAACUCGGAGGGCGGCGACGGCGGCAAUGCUGCUGGUGUCCUCGGCGUGUCUGGCUGGACUGUCCUGGCUGUUGGUGCUGCUGCCCUGCUUGCUCUGUAA